AGUCUGGGCCCCGUUUCAUCAAAAUUUGCGAUGCGAUAUUAUCGCCGAUCGCCGAUUGCUGAUCUUUUACCUGCGAUUGCGAUAUUUUUUAAAAAGCGUUUCAUCAAACAUAUCGCAGAUUCUUGCCGGUAGUUUGCCGGUAGUUUAGUGCUAUGAGCGAUAAUCGCUCACAGUCUACUAUCAAAAUGACGUAAAAAACGGGCACCUGCUGAAUCUCGCGCCACCUGUCAUAUUUGACAGACGAUCAAACAACAACAAUGGCAGAUCUCGUAGAGAAUAGGAGCGCCUCUUGGCAGCCAAGAGAACUCGAGGAACUGCUUGAGGGCGUCAAACAAAAUUAUGAAGUGUUGUGGGGCAAAUUGUCCGGCACAUUAUCAAAGAAAGACAAAGACCGUGCAUGGUCGGACAUCGUCCAAUCAAUAAAUUCCGUAGGGGGGAACGAGAGGAACGUAGAAGAUUCAAUGAAAAAGUGGUGUGAUUGGAAGAGCCGGACCAUUAUGAAGGAUGCCAAGAGAAGACGCUUUGUUGAAAGCUCUGGGGAGGCAGCUCUUCCAAAAAAAAUGCAAUUAACUGUUUUGGAGGAUAAGCUAUUGUCCUUAGUGCCCAAAACAAAGCUGUUCGGAGUGCAAGGUGGAGGGAUCGAUACCGGUCCACUCAAGAGAUCCAUGCAAGAAAAUGAUAACCUAGACAAAGGAGAGGAAAAUAAACGCCUCAAGCAGAACGUUCCAAGUGAGCCUGUUCCCAUUCAAACAAGCUCCAAAAGCACUGCCAGCAUCCCUGCCAGCAACAGCAACAGGAAGACAAGUAUGAAGGAUUGUGAUUGUCAUCAGGAAAUGAUUGACAUAUCUCGGCAAAUGCUAGAGGAGAGUGUAAAGCGGAAUGAAAUACUGCGGGACAUAAGUUCAACACUAAAAUUAACAGCUGGCAAAGCUUUCCUGGACAACUUGUUGGAUCCCACAAAUUUUUAA